CCCUCAACUCCUAAUUCAACUCCCUAAACCACUCUCUUUCUCUCUCUCUCUCUCGCUCUCUUUCUUUCUAGCUCUCUCACACAGACAGACACAAACAAUCAAACGCCUGGCCAUAUUUUUCUUUUUAUAUAUAUAUCCAAACCGAAAUGGCAAACCACAGAAUUAGCUGCCCUCUUGUUCUUGCACUUCUCUCAGUCUUCUUCUACUCCUCGGUGGUCUUGUCCGCUACUCCCGUGACGUACAAUGUGGUCAGUUUGGGAGCCAAAGCAAACGGCAAGACAGACUCAACCAAGGCUUUCGUUACUGCAUGGACAAGAGCUUGUGCCUCGGCAAAUCCAGCCACCAUCUACGUGCCGGCCGGGAGAUUCUAUCUGCGCAGCGUGAUUUUCAACGGGCCAUGUAGGAACAAUGCCAUCAGGGUCCGCAUCGAAGGCACGCUCGUGGCACCAUCCGACUAUAGGGUCCUCGGAAAUGGUGCUAACUGGAUAUUGUUCAGCCACGUUGACGGAGUUACAGUAUCUGGUGGAAUUCUUGAUGCCAAAGGCACAAGUUUGUGGGCUUGCAAAUCCUCAGGCAAGAGUUGCCCCAGCGGAGCAACGACGCUGCAAUUUUUCAACUCGAACAACAUCGUGGUCAGCGCAUUAACCUCCCUAAACAGCCAGAUGUUCCACAUCGUCGUCAAUGGCUGCCAAAACGUGAAAAUACAAGCAGUCAAGGUCAUCGCCUCCGGCGACAGUCCAAACACCGACGGCAUUCACGUACAAUCUUCUUCGGGCGUCACGAUCCUCAAAACCAAGAUCCGGACUGGUGAUGAUUGCAUCUCAAUUGGCCCCGGUACCACUAACUUGUGGAUUGAGAACGUUGCAUGUGGACCAGGCCAUGGAAUCAGCAUUGGGAGUCUAGGAAAGGACUUGAAAGAGGACGGUGUGCAGAAUGUGACAGUUAAAACAGUUAUUUUUACCGGUACUCAGAACGGGGUGAGGAUUAAGUCCUGGGCAAGGCCAAGCAACGGAUUUGCUAGGAACAUUCUUUUCCAACAUAUUGUUAUGGUGAAUGUCCAGAAUCCCGUCCUGAUCGAUCAAAAUUACUGUCCCGACAACAAAGAUUGCCCCGGUCAGGUUUCUGGCGUAAAAAUUAGAGAUGUAACAUACCAAGACAUACAUGGAACAUCGGCCACAGCAGUUGCUGUGAAAUUUGAUUGCAGUUCCAAGAACCCAUGCUCAAGAAUAAGAUUGGAAAAUGUAAAGCUAACUUACAAGAAUAAAGUUGCCGAAGCUUCAUGCGUUCAUGCUGCUGGAACAUCAUCUGGUUUAGUCCAGCCCUCGGGCUGCUUGUAGUGGGCCGGGGGAAAGAUACAAACCCAUAUGUUAGAAUAUAUUUUGUAUAGCUAGAAAUUGAAUUGAUAUAUGUUUUUGUCCGUUACCUUGCAUGAUUUCUGGGACGAACAAAAUUAUAAUCUGUAGUAGUACGUUUGUUGCUUCAGCCUGCGGCGUUGUUGGCCCAUUGGGCUUUCUUGGAGCCUGGCCUUGCAACCAUCAUGUUAUAUGGUAUAGUCCGAAAAGUUCAAACCCCCUUUCUCGAGGCGUUUGUAGUUUGUACGAUGAAUUGUUGUAACUUGUAAGAGAUGGUGUACGUGAUUAUCUUACAUCGAUUGGUUGAAGAUCUGUGAGAUUUUGAAA